CCAUCUUGUGGUGACGGUUUCUCUUGCAUUGUUCCAGGCCGGAGCGGUGAGAGGCAGCGGAGUGCGGCACGUAGCGGUCAGACAGAACGACAGACAGCUGUGCGCGCCCUGCUUCAUUCUUGCUCCCGUCUCUUCACCGGUCUUGUUCGGACAACCCGCAAGACUUACUUUCCCGCCGGGUCCCUUAGGACAGAGAGGGACCCGGAGCCAUGGAGGACGAGAUGCCCAAGACCCUGUAUGUGGGGAACCUGUCUAGGGAUGUUACAGAAGCUCUUAUUCUUCAAGUCUUCAGCCAGAUUGGUCCGUGCAAAAGCUGCAAGAUGAUUAUGGAUACUGCUGGCAACGACCCGUACUGUUUUGUGGAGUUCUUUGAACAUCGCCAUGCUGCUGCAUCCCUCGCUGCUAUGAACGGUCGCAAGAUAAUGGGCAAGGAAGUGAAGGUCAACUGGGCAACCACCCCUAGCAGCCAGAAGAAAGACGCAAACAGUAGUUCCGUUGUCAGCACACUGCGUUCUCAAGGUAAUUGUGUCUUCUUACAGAUAAAAAUUCAAUCUUUUGGGUGACCAGCAAAAUUCAGGCUCUUCCUUCCCACUCCUUUCUUCUGCCAUCACCCACCCGAGCUGCUUACUUUCCUUUCAGCUACUUUGGCAGCAUCGGGAUCACUGAGUAGAUCUAGUAAACCCUAUCUAACCUCUCUCUUAUUCUGUAAUGCUGGAGUAACUGUCUCCAUAUAGUGCCAUUGUACAACGCAGUUGUGGAGUGUCUGUUGGAAGGAUAGGUACCUGGAACCUAUUGAGGCUGUAAGGAACCAAAAAGAGAUGCUAUUCCAAGUUCAUAAAAAGCAUUUUCUUGAAGCAGAAGGGAUUUACAUGCUGAUUAUACAUUUAGAAGUUGGGGGAAAUAAAUAUAUGAUGCUUAUAGCAACCUGUUAAGGGGGUUCUCUAGGAAUUAAGAAAACGAGAAUACUUAAAUAUUACUUUAUUAUGAAUAUAUUCCCAUGUACCUUUUAUUAGUUAUAAUGGCUCAUUUUAUCUGGGGAGCAAUCAUUAGAAGAAAUAAAAUGGCUGCCGUCCUAUUA